AUGAGGGUCUCUUCCUUCAAGUCGCAGCCAGGGCAAGCUCCGCCGCGCUCUGCCACCCCGCCGCGGCCUGUCUGGGAGCCGCUCUCCCCCAUCCUCCGCCCGCAGCAAGCGCCCUCAGCAAACCCCGCUGGCAGCGUCGCCGCCCCUGCGGCCAGCGGUAAUGCCCUUGUCAAUGCUGCUCAGCACAUAUUACAACACAAUGCAGGCUUUGGCGCGCAGCUCCAGCGGGAGCCUGCGGUGGUGACGUACGAGUUGCGAUCCGCACCGCUGCCACCACCACGAGGCGCUCCAUACUCUCCGGUCUUGGGCUCGCCCAUUGAGGCGCUCGCAGAUGCCGCCAUAAACUCCCUCCAUGAUGGCUCGGCCUUGGUCGAACCUACGCAUCGCUCCGGCCAGCUACCGUCCGCCUCGCCUAGCACCUACACCCAACCGCCCGGCCACCGCGCGCCAAAACACACUUAUGCCGUUGACGGCAGCCAUCCGUACACCGAAAGACCUGCAAAGCGCGCACGGUCCGAUCACUUCUCUCCUUCUCAACAUGGGCAACAGUACUAUCCGCGGCCGGCCACUAGCCAUAUUCCGGGUUGGUCAUACAAUGUGGAGCAGAUGGUGGACAGCGGCCAUCGCAUGUACCAGGAAACUGCUCGGCCAGUCCAGAAUCCCGACGAGAACAGUAUGAAAAGGCUUUCAGAUGCGCAAUUGCUGAUGGACUUUGCCGCCGCCGCGUCGAGCUCGACGCCUCGGCGCGAUUCUACGGCCAAGCGAUGGAGCAUAUCGCACCAGGAAACCUCCAGUCCGUACGCCCGUCAACAGCACGGCGAACCGAACAACACGUACGUUGGAGCUUCCCUACUUUCUCCCCGUGCACAUCAUCAUGUCUCGCCACCCGAAUACAGGUAUACACCCAUUGUACCACCCGCCGCAUUCGAAGCAGCCCCGGAUGAAGUCAGCACACAGACAGAAACGCCUCCGGAUGAAGGCACGGCACGAGAAGAUUUACUAAACUUGAACGCUGCUGUCAUUGGUACGGACACGAAAUCGAAAAAGCAUCCAGGGUGGCCGAAAGGCAAGCCUCGCGGAUCGCGCAUUGGCGCCCCCAGUGGGAAGAAGAAGAGAUCCACACCCAAGCCAAAGCCUGCUUCAGCUGCUGCUCACGAAUCUGCGAAACAAUUGCAGUCGCCGCAAAGUCUGCCUGCGGAGCGAGACGAUCAUCCCGUGGGCGAACUUACCACAGCCCACGCGCCGUUUCCCGGCUCUGAUGACCCUAUACCACAAGCCCGUCGCUAUUCAUUUUCUGACGUGACGUCUACUGCAGUCCCCGAUAAAUCGACCUACGAUAUUUCGCGAGCCCUCUCAGUUCCUCUAAGUACUGCCACGCUUCCUGCACCGCCAUUGGCUCGUCCCGCCCCCGACAAUACGGCAGAACCAGUCACUAUAUGCGCCGGUUGCGGCUCGUCUGAUUCCGAGACGACUAUCGGCGACGGAGAACAGUGGAUAAGAUGUGAUGGCUGUAAGGGGUGGCAUCACUAUGUGUGCGCUGGCUUCCAAAGCGAGCGCGAAGUGCGGGACGUGGACAAAUUCUAUUGUGAGCGAUGCCAACCAAAAUUUGGCAGAACCACGAAAGUCAGAAAGUCUACCAGAGCGCACACAGCUGUCGACUAUGCUGGACUCAACGAAGGCAUACUGAAGACGUCGGACGACAACCCCGAGCAUCACUACAUUGCUGCCUUCAAGAACGGCGACAUCGAGUUUACCCCAGAGACUUUUGCGCGUCUGCCUCCAGAGUUAGUGUCCGCCGACUUCCUCGAAAAGACGAAUGGCUUCAAAGAGCCUAUCCUAAUUCCUGCAGCCUUGAACCCCCGACCAGAAUAUCCGGGCAGAGCAUAUCCGGAUGACGACAAGCCGACCACGACGAUUGAAGCAGUUGCAGAUCCAUGCUACGCACUCGAAAUGUUACCUGACGAUGGCCAAGACAAAUUGGAUAUGGUAAUUCCAGAAGGUCUUACCGUCCGACGCGUUUCGGAGCUUUAUGGGCCCCAGGAACGUGUGCCAGUCAUUGAUGUAAAAGCCCAGGAAGGGGAGGACAAACGAUGGACAAUGGCGAAAUGGGCUGAUUAUUACGAGCAACAAGGCGAGAAGCCCGUCCGAAAUGUCAUCAGUCUAGAGGUUUCCCGGAGCCGCUUGGGAAGACUAAUCCGUCGACCAAAAGCAGUGCGAGAUUUGGAUCUCCAAGAUGCUGUUUGGCGCGACGACGACAAGAAAGCUCCUCCGGCCGUGCAAUUCUAUUGCCUCAUGUCAGUUGCGGACUGCUACACGGAUUUUCACAUUGACUUUGGGGGGUCCUCAGUCUACUACCAUAUCGUGAAGGGCAGAAAGGUGUUCUUCUUCAUACCACCAACAAAACAGAAUCUGAAAAAGUAUGAAGAUUGGUGUCUCUCCCCAAGGCAGGGUCACGAGUGGCUAGGCCACCAGGUCAAAGAAUGCUACAGGGUUGAUCUGUAUCCUGGAGAUACAAUGCUGAUCCCCUCUGGUUGGAUCCAUGCCGUUUGGACACCGGAGGAUAGUUUGGUCAUCGGCGGUAAUUUUCUCACCCGGAUUCACUAUGGCAUGCAGAUUAAGGUCCUGGAGAUUGAGAAGAACACCAAGGUUGCCCCGAAAUUUCGAUACCCAUUUUUCCAAAAGCUCAUGUGGCUCUCUUUGAUACGCUAUCUCGAGGAGGACCCUCUCCCGGCACAAGUUGAACAACUUCUGCUCAGUGGUGGUCAGUUCUAUCGCGAUGUCCCAACAUAUUGCGAGACCGGAAAAUUCGGACACAACUCACAUCUUGGUUCGGAGAACUACCAUAAACGAUACUACCCGAAAGCUGAGUUGGAUGGCCUUGUCGAACUUGCUAAUUAUGUUUGGAGAUCUGUUUUAAUUUCGCUCGGCCGGAUCGAGGGCAUAGUUGAGAAGGUGCAAAAAAGUGUCACCAGCUCUAUUCCUAAAGGCUUUGGAGACCCGCUUGUACUUGCCAAGCGCUUCGCUAUGUGGAUCGCAUGGAAAAGAGGGAAUGAGUGCAUCCCACAGUGGGCACAACCCGACGCCGUACUCCCCGACACUCAAGAGGCGGAGAAAAAAUUAAGCGCCGCGCAGGUCAAGCGCAUGGAGAAACAAGCGAUGGGUGAAGGCUUGAGAACUAGUUCAGAGAAGCAAUUCUCAAGGACUAGAGCAACCGAGACACCCUUUACAAACGGCAUGGAACACCACAGCCCGGGCCUGGUUACACCACUGUCUCCGCUACCAAUGAUGACUGGAUUUCUCCAGAAGCCGGAUCCGUCGCGACCACAAACUACACCCAAGACAUCCCAACUGGGUCCGAAGCGCAUUGCCUGUGAUGCUUGUCGUAAACGAAGAAUACGGUGCAAGCAUAAAGACGAGAUCUUCGACCCAACGAAACCUGCUGGCAUGGCUGGUGGCAUGAAUACGAUCGAUUUAUCUGGCUCUUUAGGCUUGUCGGUCAAGCGUCGUUACAGCGACUUUGGUGCUUCUCACGGGUCGCAAUCGAGCUCGGCCGACAAGAACAUGACAAAUGGAGGACCGCUUCUAGCGGACGCCAAUGGCGAUCCAUACGCAUUGAAGUCUGGCCGCGUGAAGGCUUGUGCUGAUUGCCGCAAGAGCAAGCGUCGCUGUAUUCACGACGAGUAUGGCAAUGUCGACCCGGUCAAAGCAAACGAAGUUCCCAUUCCAAGAGGAGCUGCGGCCAAGAAACGUCGCAUCAGCGAUGAAGAUCCGAUUGCAGUUCAAAGAAAGCUGAAGAAGGAAGUUACAGCCGAUGGCUCGUUCUUAUAUGCCCCUUUUCAUCACCGGAACUCUUCUUCAGGGGAAUGCAUUAUGGGUGGCCAUGCUGAACUCCAAGACUUAGCAUUCUCCGCCCAACAGUUUCUUAACCACGGAUCCAAUGACGAUAUGAUGCCAAUUGACCCAGCUUUGCAGUCAUAUGAGCAUGGGAAUGCCGGGUUCGCCGCGGACGCUUCUCAUGCGCCGGAUCAAGAUACGGUCAUGUUCUCGGUAGAAGACCUAGCCAACGACAGAGUGGAGACCAGCUUGGACGCACAAGCAAGACCUGUUUUGGACCCUGUCAGCCCGGGUACUAUCCCUAACGGUUUCCAUGCUCAACCCAACGGGUUUGCGGAAGAUUCUCCACCCGCUCACGCCAACCGAACUGGCAUACAAUUUUCCCCGCUAACCCCUAAUGCGCAACGCUCAGGGUGGCACUGUCACAGCAGCAGUAAGCCCAGUCAGACACCUCACCGGUCGCACAGGAGGAGCAAUACGCCGAAGACACCUUCGGAUCGAGGACGCGACUGCAGAGGGUCCAUCAAGUUCGAGCCACGGUCUGAACCGAAGGCGCGCGCUACAUCAUCUGCUGUAAUUGACAGCGAGGAAGAUAUGGCGAGUUUAGCUCUAGCGUUGCAGCUGCAAAUGGAGGAACAUGGCUUGCGACGACGGAGUAUGGUAUGA